CACACCAAACCUUCAUCUUCUCUCUCACACUAACAACACUUCUUCUUCUUCCGACUAUGGAUAAGAAGCACGGCUUGUUCUCCAAGUCUAAUUCCCGGCGAUCACGAUCCAAGAGCCCUGUCAGAAGCGUCUCUCCGAUCAUCAUCCGUCGCCGCAAAGGUCGUUACGUCACUCAACCGGACCGGCACAUGUCUGAGAUGCUUGCUCCGGUUAGAGAAGGUCCUGAUCCAGACGGUGAAGAAUCCGGAAGCAGUGGAGAUUACUCUAGGUUUGAGAGACGUUGGUACAAUUGGAUGAAAUGUCAGCUUCCGGUGGCUCCGCCGUCAGUAUCGUCGUCUUCGGAUUUCAAACGAACGGAUCUGAGGCUUUUGCUCGGUGUUCUUGGCGCACCUUUAGGUCCUGUGCACGUUAGUGCUCUGGAUCUCCUUCCACACCUCAGUAUCAAAAAUACACCUAUGGAGACCUCCUCUGCUCAGUACAUACUUCAGCAGUAUACGGCUGCAUCAGGUGGUCAAAAGCUUCAUAGUUCUGUGCAAAAUGGUUAUGUUAUGGGAAGAAUCAGGACGAUGGCUUCAGAGUUUGAGACAGGCUCAAAGGGUUCAAAGAGCAAGAAUAAUUCGUCAAAAUCUGUUGAGUCUGGAGGAUUUGUGUUGUGGCAUAUGAAUCCUGAUAUGUGGUACAUGGAGCUUGUUCUUGGUGGGAGCAAGGUUCUUGCGGGUUGUGACGGGAAGCUUGUGUGGAGGCACACACCAUGGCUUGGGCCUCAUGCUGCAAAAGGACCGGUUAGACCAUUACGGCGUGCUCUUCAGGGACUUGACCCGAGAACCACAGCGUAUAUGUUUGCAAAUGCAAGAUGCAUAGGAGAAAAAAAGAUUGAUGGAGAGGACUGUUUCAUUCUCAAGCUAUGUGCAGACCCGGCAACACUCAAAGCUAGAAGCGAAGGGGCAUCAGAGACCAUAAGACAUACUUUGUUCGGUUACUUCAGCCAAAAAACCGGUCUUCUUGUUCACUUAGAAGACUCCCAGCUAACCCGAAUCCAAAACAAUGGAGGCGAAGCGGUUUACUGGGAGACGACCAUCAAUUCAUACCUAGAAGACUACAAACCCGUCGAAGGCAUUAUGAUAGCUCACUCUGGUAGAUCCGUGGCUACGCUUUUAAGGUUUGGAGAUAUGUCAUCAGGACAUAACACUAAGACCACAAUGCAAGAAGCAUGGGUCAUCGAUGAAAUCGCGUUCAAUGUCCCUGGCUUGUCUAUAGAUUGCUUCAUUCCACCUUCUGAACUCAGAUUUGAUUCCCACGAGGUAGAGAGAGCAAUCUACCAGAUUCACCGAUUACCACCAACAAACAAGAUCAUUAUGGUGCUCUCUGACUUCACUGGAGUCGGUGUUGGAUUUGGGUUCGGUGUUGGUUGUGGAUUUGGCGUUGGAUGGGGUUUUGGAGGAAUGCCUUUGAACGUUUUAGGUGUUGGUGUAGGUGGCGGUUGCGGUGUGGGUUUGGGCCUCGGGUGGGGUUUCGGAACUGCCUUUGGGAGUCACUACCGUUCAUCUAGACUUACAUUUCAAGGCAUCGAGUUAGAGACUACCGAUAAACGGGAGGAGAAGGUGGCUAACAUGUCCAAAAACACCACUUAAGCAGCCAUGCUUCAAUACUCUGCUCUGAUUGAUUGUAAACAAAAUCUGACAUCUUUUCUUAUUUCUCAAUGAAACGAUUACGUCGAAUAAUCCAAUAAAAAUGCAUUUCUAUA